CCCUCCCGAGAUUCCUUCUCCACCAUUGACCCCCCACCAGAUUCUUCUCCACCAUUGACCUUCCCCAGAUCCUUCCUUCCACCAUUGACCCCCACAGAUUCUUCUCCACCAAUUGACCCCCCACAGCCCACCGAUUCUUCUCCACCCAUUGACCCCCCACAGAUUCUUCGCUCCACCAUUGACCCCCCUCAGAUUCUUAUCUCCACCAUUGACCCCCCACAGAUCCUUCCUCCACCCAUUUGACCCCCCACAGAUCCUUCUCCACCAUUGACCCCCCACAAGAUUCUUCUCCACCAAUUGACCCCCCACAGAUUCAGUCUCCACCACUGUCCCUUCCCAGUCUGCUUGUUCACCAGGACCC